AUGACCGACGUCAAAAAGGUGAACCCAGUUGCUGCUAAAACGCAAAAAACAACAACAUCAACAAAAAAGGCUACACCAAAAUUACCUGAAGUCUUAUUGAAAAAACGAAAACUCUAUGCUGAUCUUAAAGCACGUCGUCUUCGUGCUCAAGUACAAGGUGCUAAAAACAAAAAAUAUAAACGUUUAGUUAUCUUCAAACGUGCUGAAAAAUAUUCAAGCGAAUAUCGUAAGAAAGAACGUGAUUUAAUUCGUCUUAAACGUUCAGCUAAAGUACGUGGUAAUUACCAUGUUGAAGCUGAACAACCACUUGCUUUUGUUAUUCGUAUUCGUGGUAUUCGCGGUGUCCACCCACGUGUAAAACAAGUGCUUCGUCUCUUUCGUUUACGUCAAAUAAACAAUGGUGUCUUUGUUAAACUUAACAAAGCUACCGUUCAAAUGUUACGUAUUGCUGAACCAUACAUUGCAUGGGGUUAUCCAAAUUUAAAAUCAGUUCGUGAACUUGUUUAUAAACGAGGCUUCGGAAAAGUUAAUAAACAACGUAUACCAUUAUCUGAUAACAGUGUCAUCGAAAAAUCUCUCGGUAAACAAGAUAUCAUUUGUGCAGAAGAUCUUGUUCAUGAGAUUUUUACUGUUGGAGAUAGUUUCAAAAAGGCUUCAAACUUUCUCUGGCCAUUUAAACUCAACAAUCCAAAAGGUGGAUGGCGAAAGAAAGCUAAUCACUUCGCUGAUGGAGGUGAUUUUGGAAAUCGUGAACAAUAUAUUAACCGAUUGUUACGUAAAAUGGUUUAG